GAGUAACGUUAGUUUACCGGAUGUUGACAGUCUCACAGACACGUUGCUGUGGAGCAGUGGAGGCAGAUUCUGGUCGAUGUCGCGUUUUAUUUGUAUUUAAUUCAGCAGACUCUUCGCAGUGUGAACCAAAAUGUCGGCGUCGUUGGUGAGGAGAGGGCUGGAGCUGCUCAGGGACGAUAUUAAAGAUGCCAGUAAAGGGAAGAAGAAGAAGCAGCAGACGCCGAGCUCGGCCACAGUGAUGAAGUUGGUGAGCACCAAACGAGAGGGAGUCACCAAGCAGGUCAAACGGCUGCAGGGUCGCCUGGGUCCCGGCAAGAGCAAAGCUACAGUCAAAGACAAGAGGAUCAAGUCUGCAGUGGAGGAGUUCAGGAAGAAGCAGGGGAAAAGCCACCUGAGUGAUAACCUCAAGUACUUUAUGGAGACGGGCUACAAAGCAACAGAUUCGGACACUUUGAAGAUCCUGAGCCACAAUUCAGGGAGACAGUCCAGAAAUCGCCCGGACCAAACCGCCAAGAAGGCCAAGGAGCCGCAGUCUUUGUUCACAGAGGAGGAGUUCCAGCAGUUCCAGAAGGAAUACUUUGGCAGGACUGUCGAGGAGAAGAGAUAAAGAGGCAGCAACACAAAGACAGGAUCGAAGUGGAUUUCUGGACCAGAUUAUGUUCUGGAAGUUGGUUCCACUUCAUAUGUCUCAACAACGGAACAAGAUAACUUUGAGGAGAAAUGUUUCUUUGAGCUAAUUCUGUGCUGAUGUUAUGGUUACUGUUGCAUUCAGGGAUCUACUUCCUGCUAAGAGUUUCCCUCCAAAAUGUGUCUAUGCUGAAAAUAUUAUUGCUCAAACAUCACUUCCUUAUUAGUUAACAUUUCCAAACUUCUCUUGCGAAUGUGAUUUAUAACCGCUCAUUAGUCAAGUCAGGUUUCACAAGAGAAGGUGCAGUUUAUCCGAAUGGUUUAUUCCUGAUAGUGAAACUGCUUAUAACACCUCAUUUGAGUCGCUUCAUUUCACACAUAUUAAGACACAAAAGUUUCUUUUUCAUUGACAUUGUUAAACUCCAUAAUUAUAAUUAACUGACAUUCUGAUUCUUCUUCAUAUUGUUGGGGUAUUGUCCUCCGGUCGACUCACAGAAUAGUCCAGUUUGUACUAGAAUUUUAUUUAAAUUCCUACAUGUUUUACUAUUGAGCACAAAUUCAAACACAACAUUUUUUUUUUUUGAGUUUUCAACAUCAAGAAUCUCUGGUUGACUGUGUUAUUUGUGUAUCAGCAAUAAAUAUACAUACACAAAUAAUAAUACAAA